UUGACACACCACCAUUCUUCAUGUUCACUUUUUCUUUUUUUUCUCUUUUAUUUUAUAAAUAACACGCCAUGGGUCAAUCCAACUCGACAUUCUCCCGCCCAGAGCCUGUCAAACAGUCCUCACCGCCAGUGCCGCCGCUAGCACCUCCAUUACCAUCGCUUGAAGAUCUUCGUAAUGUCCCUCUGCGGGUUUUGGCCUCCAUCGGCAAAGCACUCGGGGACUUGGGUGUAACUAUUGUUGCCUAUUCAAAGCCCAUGAUCGCUUCUAUACCUGGCCUCAAAGAAUCCACUCGUCCUCUUCCUCCUCUUCCUUUACAACCACCGCCUCCCCCACCUUCAACCCUGUCUCAACUCUUGAGCUGGAGUCGAAAAAACCCAAGGAAGACGGUUCUUGCUGUAACCCUUCUUAGCGCUGUCGCAGUUGGCGGAUCCAUUGCUUAUAAGGCUGGAGAGAUUUAUCUUCAGCAACUAAAAAGAACAAGAGUUAUACGUGGGUCGGAUGGAUCGAAGCGUGAAGUCAUUGUCCUGACCAAUGUGGACACAAUCGAGAGUAUCGAAAUGGCUCUGGAGCUAGAGGCACGUGGAUUCAUCGUCUUUGUGGGUGUUCCUGACCAAGCAUGGGCAGAUAAAGUUCUUAGCUGGGAUCGAUCUGACAUUCAUCCUAUAGUGGUUCAGAACCCUUAUGGAGUCACUGAUAUCGAAAACUUUGUGCAUAGUGUUUCUUUCUUUUUACAAGACCGAAAUUCAGUCUUACUUGGAAGACGAAUGGGGCCUGUAUCUCCCGAAUCAUCGCCUAAAUUGGCGUCGACUGCAACAACUGCAACAACUGCAACGACAAGGCGACGUGCAUCACCUGGAUCAUCGCCCAAAUUGACGACGGCUGCAGAGAUGUCUUCACCUGUGCUCUCUACUUCAUCCUCCUUCAUGCUUCUUGAAGAAGAUGAAACAUCCUCACCACCAUCUAUUGCCGAUAUUCCUAUGUCUACCAAUACGGAACAAAGCCAUGAGUAUGCGCAGCAAAAAAUUGUACAGAGUUCAUCCAUCACUACUAACAGUGAGCCUCUUUUCCGGUUAUCGGCUGUGAUUAUUUACCCACAUCUGUCCCUUCAAGGCCCUAUUGAGACCCUGGAUAUUAAGGUGUGGCGCCAUUGUUUAGAUGUCAAUGUCACUGGUACUAUCUUGAUCAGUCAACAAUUUUUACCUUUGCUGAAGCAUACAACAAUGCUUUCUGGCUCUUCAGACAAAUUUCGUAAUCCUCGGUUAAUAUUUAUUACUUCCGCAAUUACUGGAAAUCUUGGAUUGCCAUAUCAAUCUGCUGUUUGUGCCAGUCAUCAUGCCAUCGGAUCGAUAGUUGACUCAUUAAGGCGCGAAGUGGACUUUCAAGGGAUCAACAUCGUUUCAUUGAAACCAGGUGUACCGGAUGAUACCAGCAGCAGCAGCAGUAACCAUAAGACCGAUGCACGACAACAGCAAGAAGAAUAUUUUAAAAGAAUUUCGUCAUUAUCAUCAUCACCUUUAUCAUCCUCAUUUAAACUCGCUAUCGAGCUACUAAAAGAGGCAUGGUUCAGAACUAAACAGCCCUCAACAUCUGACGCAUUAUGUGAAGCGGUCUUCAAUGCAGUGGUUGCAAUCAGACCUGCAGUCUCUCAAGCUGUUGGACGAGGUAGCUCUGCAUACUCCUUUGUUGGUUGGGCAGCACCUACCAGAAUCCUUGACUGGGCUAUUCAACGCGCUGCUAUCCGAGCCCAUCCAACCAACUCGGUGGCAGCAUCAACAGUUGGUCUCUCAGCAACGUCUACAUCCCCAUGAUAACAACAAUAAACAAAUAAAAAGAUGGUCC